UGUUAAACCCCAAUAAACCUGAAGGAGUCUUCUUCUCGACACCGAGUCGCCGCCGUCGCCAGGUCCUUUUCCGUUCUUUGCAGAUGGAGAAAAGCGCGAAUUUUCUGUUCGGUGGAACAAACUUCAAUCGGAAAAAGUUCGCUCCAGAUUUCGCCAAGUUCAAGAAUCGCACGGUGGAGGAUGAUGAUCGCAACAAGAAACUGAGCUUCUUUGAGCAAGAAGAAGAAUCAGAGGAGGAGCCUGAGCAAGAGAAGAUAGCUUCCUCCUCCUCCUCCUCUAAGAAGAGGAAACGAAAAUCUGCUAAUUCUGAGCCUGUUGAAGGGUUUGAUGUGUUCAAGAGCUCGAAGAAGUCGCGGUCUAAAGGGAAAGAGGUUGAGCACGACACAAAGGAUGAGACUUUGGAGAAUCCCAAGAAGGAGCUUUACAGGCGGAUGGAGCAAGAUGCUUUGUCGAGGAAACAGUACAACAUUCAUGUCUCUGGUAACAACAUUCCAUCCCCGCUUAAAAGCUUCACAGAGUUGGCAUCGAGGUAUGGUUGUAAGAAAUACAUAUUACGCAAUUUAGCUGAACUAGGAUUUAAAGAGCCUACACCUAUCCAGAGGCAGGCUAUUCCAAUUCUCUUGUCGGGUCGUGAGUGCUUUGCCUGUGCUCCAACUGGGUCAGGAAAAACCUUUGCUUUUAUUUGCCCCAUGCUUAUAAAACUCAAGCGCCAUUCAACAGAUGGUAUUAGAGCAGUCAUCCUCUCUCCUGCACGAGAACUAGCCGCCCAAACAGCUAGAGAAGGGAAAAAACUUAUCAAAGGAAGCAAGUUCAACAUCAGGUUAAUGACUAAACCCCUCGUCAAAACCGCUGAUUUCUCGAAGCUGCAGUGUGAUGUUCUCAUAUCAACACCCAUGCGGCUUAAACGAGCCAUCAAGGCUAAAAAAAUCGACUUAAGCAAGGUGGAGUAUCUUGUCCUUGAUGAAUCUGACAAGCUGUUUGAGCAGAGCAUGUUGAAACAAAUAGAUGGUGUGGUUAAGGCUUGUUCAAACCCUUCGAUCAUACGGUCAUUGUUCAGUGCUACUUUGCCAGAUUCCGUUGAGGAGCUCGCACGUUCCAUAAUGCACGAUGCUGUUCGUGUGAUCAUUGGCCGAAAGAACACAGCAUCUGAAACCGUCAAGCAAAAGCUGGUUUUUGCUGGAACUGAAGAAGGGAAGCUUCUCGCUCUUCGCCAAAGCUUUGCACAGAGUCUGAAUCCACCGGUACUAAUCUUUAUGCAAAGCAAAGAACGAGCAAAGCAACUCUACGAUGAACUGAAAUGUGAAGACAUCAGAGUCGGUGUCAUCCAUUCCGAUCUCCCUCCUGGAGAGCGAGAAAACGCGGUUGAUAGCUUCAGAGCAGGCGAGACAUGGGUUCUGAUAGCCACUGAUGUGAUCGCUAGAGGUAUGGAUUUCAAAGGGAUCAACUGCGUGAUCAACUAUGACUUCCCGGAUUCUGCUUCUGCGUACAUCCACAGGAUUGGUCGAUCAGGGAGAGCGGGAAGAAGCGGUGAAGCGAUAACGUUCUACACGGAAGAAGAUGUGCCUUUCUUAAAGAACAUAGCCAACACCAUGACAUCAUCGGGAUGUGAGGUUCCGUCGUGGAUCAUGACUUUGAAGAAGAAGAAGUGGAAGAAGCAUAGGCCAAAGCGUGAUUCUAUAUCCACUCGACCCAAAGACAGUAAAAUCGAACAAGAAGAGUAAACUUCAAGUUUCUUGGUUGCUACAUUGACACAAUGACUUUUUUUUAAGUCAGUUUUGUAUUUUUAUAAUUUCAAGUCUCAAAUUUCUGAUAAAAUGUGUGAAUUCUAAGACU